CCCUGCACUUGAAUAAAAAGCUUGUGUGUGUCCACACGUGUGAAGAAAACACAGCACUGCAGCACCCUCCGACUCCGAGAGGCCUCUCUCGUUAGUGGACCAGUGGAUGGUAACAUGUCUGAUCCCAUCAAACCUCGGACGUCCUUCCUCAUCGAAGACAUCCUCUCCAUGAAAGACAACGGGAGCUUUGUUGGGAAAUGCUGCACCCAUGCAAAGGAAGAAUGGGAAGAAGGCAAAAAGUUGUCUGAGUCAUCUUUUGCGGCGCACACAGCAUCUCUGGACAGAUCCUGUCCCAGCACGUCCGAGCCGGGCGGCUUCGCAUCCACGGAAAAACCCAAACGCGCCCGAGCGGCGUUCACACACCUCCAAGUGCUGGAACUGGAGAAGAAGUUCAACCACCAGAAGUACCUGUCGGCCCCCGAGAGAGCCAACCUGGCCGGUGCGUUAAGACUGACCGAGACCCAAGUGAAGAUCUGGUUUCAGAACCGCAGGUAUAAAACCAAGAGGAAGCAGCAGGCGUCGGAGUUCUUCAAGGACACGUACAAAGCAGAUGGACUGGACCCGGCAGUGUUCUUAAGCUCUUUCUGUAGAGCGUAUCAGUACGGACCUUACUUGUGGGACUACGGCGGGCCCUGGAGGCCUGCGUUGUGGUGAAAAACAACAUCACCAUUAUUCAAAUAAAAUGUUCACUGACUAUGCCAAUGUGCCAUUUGAUUGCUGUGACCAUAAUAGUCUGUAUUUGUUCAUGUUUGAAGAAAAACUGUUUGGCUAAUGAGAUCUUCAAUUGCUCAACACAGAUGUCGAAUUAUUAAAUGAUUUAAUUAACAACCA